UGCAGCAGCGGCGAACGUCAUACGAUCAGAGGCCUUUGCGACAUACGGUCAUGUGAUGUGGAUGGGGUUGCGAGAGUACACAUGUCCUAUGUUUUCGGAUGAAGAACAGGUGACAUGGAGAACUACAGUAAGGCGCGGACGGUGGAGCAGCCCUGUCCCUGCCCAUUCCCUGGCCUCUCCAGCGACACCACUGAGGUUCGUGUGAAGGACGGCAGCAAGAUCCGCAACCUCAUGCGCUACGCCCUGAGCCGCAUGGAGGUCAAGCCCAGGGCGCUGGAGGGCGAGGGGGGGCGUCCUAAGAGCGAAGAAGGGGGUAGCACAACCGAGGUCCGAGAAGCAACAUGCUCCCAGGCACCGGAAAAGAUGCCCAGCCGGCAGAUAGUAUUCACUGGGACGGGGAAGGGGGUCUCCAAGACCAUCACAUGUGUGGAGAUCCUGAAGCGCCGUGUGAAAGGCUUGCACCAGCAGACCAGGCUGCUCUUCAGCACUGUCCUGGAGGUGUGGGAACCCCUGGAGCCUGCGGCAGGCCUGGACAGCCUCACCGUCAACAGGAACAUACCUGCUAUUUGGGUACUGCUCUCCAGAGACCCCCUGGAUGCCAGCCUGCCUGGGUACCAGGCUCCAGGGAACUUUGAUGCCCUGUGGGCACAGGCUGCCAAGGAGGAUGCAGGGGUGGCUGGUGGACAGAGGCAUGGGGGCAGGAGGAAGAGGGGGGGUGGUGGUGGUGGAAGGGGUAAGGGACCAGGAGGCCCUGUCAGACAGACUGGUCGAUCCAGAGGGCCAGGGAAAGGCCAGAGUCAUGGUAAGGGGGCGCUGGCAGGGCAGGAAUGAGAUGUGAUCUGGGUGUGGAAGAGGACUUUGGACCAACCUGUUAACAUCACAGGACAGUCCCCAUCGGCUGAUGGGUGCACUAAAAGUCAACCUUCCCAACUUUUCUGUUAUUUUGUUAUGCCUCACUUUCUCGGAGAGAGGAUGCGAGGGAGUGCCUAAGUUCAUAGGUCAAGCCUGAAUUGUCUGACUUGGGUGGAACUGUUUCAUGACAGAUGAGACCUUUUUUUUGUGCUCUUAUACUUAAGUUCAAUAUUUUGUUUCAUUCAAUUAUGGAAAUAAAGUUGAACCUGUACAUGA